AUGGCGACGUUGAUAUCCCUCCUACCACUCACUCUCAUUGCCCUCCUCACCCAAUACGCUUCGAGCUCACCACUGCCCCAGAACGGAGAUGGCGGCGGAUCAGGUGCGCUCCCAGACGGCGGGCUAGGCUACGACCCUUCAGGCCAGGGCGAUGCCGUUCCAGGCGCAGCAGGCGCCGACACCGGCGGCGUGCGCCUCAGCAAAGGUGCCAUCAUCGCAAUCGCGGUCGUCGCUGGCCUCUUCGUCAUUGCCGGUGUAACAACAGCUAUCCUCUUCUGGGGCGCCAAGAAGCGCCAAUGGGCCGUCGCCGAGACCAUGCGCCGCUCCGUCAGGCGUGUCACCAGCGGCUUGAAAGCCAUGACGCCGCGCACCCCACACAAGAUGACAUUCUCCCCGAUCGAGAAGCGACGCGCCGGCAGUUUCGGAGACGGCCUCAUCCAAAACCAGCAGAGAACUCCCGUCCCACGCAGCAGCAACAGGGACGGUGUAGAGCAAGAGAAGUCGCGGCCGUCGGUCGCGGCGGGCUUAAGGAGUGGGAGCAACGACAGUGUCCCCAUCAUGCAGCAGGCGCAGGUGCCCGGCAAGAAGCAGCGGCAGCAGCCGCCGCCGCCCAGGGUCCAGGUGCCUCAGAGCAAGUUCGAGAUGGAUUCUCCCAAGACUCCAAUGUGGAACAAAGUCUUUGGGCGUUGA